AUGGCUGAGAUCCCGGACGACAAGCAGCGCGGCGCCGCGUUCGACGCACUGGCCGAGGAGUCGACUGCUAUGGGAGCAACGGGUGUGAUAUCGAACCCGAACCGUCCACCACCCGACUUCUCGACCCGACCAGAUGGUGGGCUCACGGCAUGGCUGCAAGUCCUCAGUUGUUGGUGUGUCGUCUUCUGCACCUUUGGGCUGGUGAACUGCUUUGGUGUCUAUCAGACAUACUAUGAGCAAGUUCUCUUGCCCUCAAGCACAUCCUCGGCCAUCUCGUGGAUUGGGUCUAUCCAGGGCUGCAUGCUAUUGGCCGGAGGUCUCUUCUCCGGCCCCCUUUUCGACAUGGGAUACUUCCGACACUUGGUGUGCAGCGGUCUUUUCUUCAUUGUCCUCGGACAAUUCAUGACGUCGCUGUGCACUGAAUUUUGGCAAGUCUUCCUGGCUCAAGGUGUCUGCAUAGGCGUGGGAUGUGCACUCGUGUUCUUGCCAUCCACUGCUGUCCUGUCACAGUACUUCUCUAAGCGUGUGGCCCUGGCGACCGGGAUCGGAUCAUCUGGGUCGCCUAUAGCCGGCACCGUUCUCCCUAUUGUGUUUAAUCAGCUUGUAGACGAGAUAGGUUUUGGCUGGGCCACGCGUGUCAUUGCAUUCAUCUUGCUGGCUCUUGCGAUAGUGCCCCUGCUUUUCUUCAAGACCAGGCUACCACCAUCGAAGCAUCGUCGGAGCUUGAUUGAUACCUCGGCCUUGACCGAUGUCGACUUUAUGACGUUCGUCGCCGGCGGAUUUUUCUGCUUCAUGGGGUUGUACAUUCCCUUCUUCUAUAUCGAGCUGUUCACCGUGAAGCAUGGGCUGUCUUCGGCGUCGUUUGCGCCGUAUAUGCUCACUAUUAUGAACGCUUCAAGCGUCCUGGGCCGUGUAAUUCCUGGGCUUCUCUGUGACCUUACAGGCACUCCCUGUUUUGUCAUGGCUGCCUGUGCUGGAGUCUCAUGCAUCCUCGGCUUCGGAUGGCUAGGAAUUCGCGACUUUGCUGGCAUUGUUGUUUUCGCCGUGCUUUACGGUGCAUUCUCCGGUGGCGUCGUCGUCUGCCAACCAACGGGCAUCUUUUCGCUCACCUCAGAUCACAGUCGCGUUGGGACACGACUAGGGAUGUCUUGUUUCGUUGCUGGCAUUGCUGUGUUGAUUGGAACACCUAUCGGUGGAGCCAUUUUGGGCGGCGGUGAGAGCGAGGACAGAUGGAAUGGUUUGAUAGGCUUUGGUGCAGUCAGUCUCCUGAUCGGGGCUUGUCUGACCUUCACUACGGGAAUGGUGGUGUUGCUUCGAUUGCGAAGGAAGAUGCGGCCUGACACUGUCUAA